UGUGAUACUGAUGGUGGUGUGAACAGACGUUUUCCGCUAGUGUUGUGAUGUCUACUUUAUUCAAGGUAGCUUCUUGCCACACAUAAAAGUAAUUCGUGAUUGUUAGUUAACGUGAUAUACUAAUCGAGUUUUGUGGAAGGUGUUGUGUUUGUGUCAACAAUAGACUCCGAUGAUGGGACUAAAGUUAAAGUUUCGGUUGAUUUUACUGUUAGGAUGUAUGCCCUAUCUUUUUUGUGUCUUUGUAUCAUACAAAUCUGAGGACUUCUCCUUUGUUCGCCGUAACCCACGUCUUCACUCAACCACCCACCUAGCUAAGGGAAUCAAUAACACCUCAGAACACCAUGAGAGAAAAAAUCUUUUGAAGGAAGCUGCAGCAGCGUGGACAGGGGCGCUUGAGUGUCCUUUACCUGAGUAUAAUGACAAUUUUGUCAAACUUCCGGAAUUCUUUAGCGAGAAGCUGAUGUGGGAAGUCGCCUCCAACAUCUUCCUCGUGGAGAGUUCAUGUAACCCUCAGCCAUCUUACCGUGCUUGGUGUGCCGUGGAGAGCUUGUCGCGGCAGAACCCGGAUGCGCACAUUUGGUAUGUGAUAACGUCUCCCAUGAUUAGCGACGGGGACGGGUUGGUUAGCAGACUUAGGCGACGAUACAGAAAUUUGCAGCUUGUCACCAUCGACCAGCAACAACUUUUCAGCAACACCCCUCUCAUGGACGUAUACACCGCGGGUCUGUGGCUAACCAACAGCACCUGGCCAGCAGUCAAUCUUAGUGACCUGCUUCGCCUGGCGCUGGUGUGGCAUACAGGAGGCUUCUACGCCGACUCGGACUUCAUAUGCCUAGCCAAUGUCACCACUUUCAAGAACGUAAUUGGUGUCGAGUCCGUCUUCUACAACCCCCUGGUGCACAUCGCCUUACCAAACUCUAAUGGUUAUGACAGCUUGGCUGCCAACGGGGCCUUCCAUCUCACCCGACAUCACCCCCUUCUCCACAAGCUGAUGACCUUCCUCUCCAAGAAUUUUGAACCCGACGUGUGGGGCAGGAACGGACCCCAGGCCAUGACGAAGGUGCUGAAGACGAGAUGCGGGUACCAUUUACGCGUGGGUGAAGAGUGUGUUGGGGUGACACUACUUCCAACCUCUGUAUUUUACCCAGUCGCUUUCUCUGACUGGAAGAGGCUCUUCCAGCCAGCGCCUUACCUCCACGUCUCUAAGAUGUUCCCUCAAUCCGCUCUUCUCCAUGCCUGGAACAAAGUCAGUCACCAGAAGCCAAUCACGCCAGGCAGCUUCUACGACGCCAUUGCCGCUACCUACUGCCCCGUCACACAUCGCCUCGCCACUAAACUCUCUCAGUUCUACUAAUAGGUGUACUGACUAGUGUGGGUGGACAAUUCGUCACCGGUCUAUUGAAUACCGUGUUAUAUUUUUCAAAUUUAGAUAUAAAUUUAAUUAUUUUGGAUUUUGGAAGCGGUGAAGCCAAGGUUAGGUUAGUUUAGGUUUAUUUUAAAAAGGUAACGAAUUUGUCUGGUGACGAAUCGUCCUUGAACCACUGACCAGGUGUACUAGACAUUUGUACUGACCAGAGGUGCUAACUACGUAUAUUGGACAGUUGUUGUGUUAUCCAAGUUCUAUUACAAAAAAAAAAAAGGUUUGUAGCAUAGCGUCACCUCCCGCUCAC